CUAAUAUGAUUAAGGCAGGAUUUGGGCACUGCCGGAGAGCUGCUGUAGGUGGUGGGUAUUAGCAGUAACAGCUGCUGCGCUUCCCAUUAGAGGAGAAAGCGAAGAAGGUCCCUGAAAGGAUGGGUCUCCGGCAGGCCGGGCGGGCAGCGGUGGCAGCGAGCCCGCAGGCGUACGUGUCCCGAGGUAAGUGACAGCGGCACCAGCAGCCCCAUCCCGGGGGGGGCUGGGGAUCACGGCCCUGCUCCCCGUGCUCCAGCGGCGAGGGGUGCGGAGGGCGGCUGGGAGAGGGGUGGGAAACAGCAGCGCAGCCUGGGAAAUGCCCGAGGGAGAGAGCUGCUGCUGCUCGGGGUGCUUUCGUGAGCUCCUGCAAGAAAUCAUAUCCAUCGAGGGAGGUUUAGGUGUGCCUAGACGGGAGGCUGACUCCACGAAGAGGAGGCAUCCUGACACUGGUCCUGCAGGGGCUGAGAUAUUUAGCAAAGGCUCCUGUGAGUCCCACGGGCAUCUUCUGGCACAUAAAUGGUCGGAGUGGCACGAUGCUCGGCUGUGGGAGGUUAAACUGCAUCCAUCUGCUCCCUGCUUCAGGCUGGGCACAGACCGUUUCGUGUGCAGUGGUGGUUUGUUAUACUCAGCUGGCAAGUUUCAGAAGUGCUAGGGAUGGAGGUGUAAGUGAGACUGCCUCAGCCGCUGGUUUCCUCCGAUUUAUCUACAUCUACUAUGAAAUCUAAGCCAGGAAAAGCUGCAUGUUGACAAGAUGUUAGAAAGCGCUAUGUUAAAAGCAAGACUACCUGCCUUAUGAUACCUGUUACAAUAAAUGCCACACACUUGUCCUUCAGCUUCACUUUCAAAAGUGCAUUCUGAAAAAUCAGAAUAACACAAUAGCCCAGCUAAUCUGGAGAUGCGUUUUGUUCCAGCCACCAAAGCUGAGCAGUACUAAAGACAUGGUAUACCAAAUAUUAAACUUUGACUGUGUUGAGGAAAGAUGCUUGCUUAGAUUAAAAAUUGGAGAAGGAGAAAUCCUGGCGUUAACCAAAACGGCUGCCCAUUUAUCUCGCUUCCAAUGCACACUUCAAAGUCAGUAUCGCUGCUGUCUCAUCAGCAACAGCCAGCCCUGACCAACAAGGACAAGCUGGAAUGCUGCUGGGCAGCUGGGGAAGGGUCUGACAGUCACUAGCAGCCCAGCGGUUCUGAGCCGCGACGUGCGGGCUGCUAAGAGGUGCCUCGUGCUCCCCCAGGGCAGAGCGGGAGGCAGCCACAUGCCAUCCCACAAGAUUUUCUAGAGCAAAUCUCUCCCAACUGCUCCCUUCAUGGGCAACUUUGCAAGAAAUGCAUCCUCUUGCACGACCUCCCCUCAACCCCAGCCUCAACAAUUUACUGCAAAAUAUGAAAUGCUGCGGAUUAUGGAGGUGGCUCCAUGUGCCACAGAUAUCAUUUAUUGUCCUUUGUUUAAAGGCAGUGGGCAGGGUAGUGCCGGAACUCAGCUAAUUCAAAGGCACCAGAGGGGCUCACAGGCUGCUGAAGCUGCUGCUUUGAAGUGAACCUGCCCGUUGUUUUCUGCCGUAGGAUGGAGGGCGGCAGAAGAGCCCGCGUUGCCAUCGCUGGCUGGGCAUGCACAACCCUGUGCUUGGUCUCCUACGUGGCUGCCUUCUCACACGGCGCGAGCCUUUCUGCCUGCACUGACAUGAUGCCCAGGCACCUGAGAGUGCAGCUGCACAGCCCCGGCAACAACUAUGUCACUGUCCACACCAACAUGUCCUUCUACUUCCCAGGUGACAAGGUUCCAGUAACAGUGAGGAGCACCCGGGAUUUUAUGGGGUUUUUGCUUCAAGCUCGCAAAGUGUCUAACGAUGAAAUCACUGGCACGUUUGUCUUCAUCCCUCCUGGUUCCAAGCUGCUGACUUGCUUUGAAGAUGGUGACACUGUCACCCACUCGGACAAGUCACUGAAGAGAAACCUGUCCUUCGUAUGGAAAGCACCAGACCAACCCAUUGGAGACAUCAAGUUUUUCAUCUCCAUAGUCCAGUCAUACUUUGUUUACUGGGCAAAGAUCGAAUCUGCUACCGUGGCUCAGCAAGGACAGAACAAAACACUUGCUGGCAGCGGCAAGAAGCCCGAUUCCAUAAUUCCCGCACCCUCACAGGGACCAGCUGACCCACACCCCACAGGUCCCACCUCUCCUGUGGCUGCCACCAACUCCCCGCUGCGCACCACACUGCCUGCCAGCCCCACUGGCACGGUGGCAACGCCGGCACCGGAGCCAGGUUUCGGUGUCAGGUCAGACGCCCAUCCCGUCAUGGAGCCGAAGCAGCCAGCCCGGCCUUCGCGGGCUGUGUCUGGCAGGAGCAGCGGGUCCAGCGGCUGGGGGCUGGAGCCAUCCCUCCCCACCCGAGACCCCGGCAUGAUGGACACCUUGCGAGGUUUCCUCUCCCAGGAUGACACUUCCAGCUACAGCACCUCUGACAGCUUGCCAGGUCUCCUACCUCAGCUUUAUGCUCCUGUCACACUGUCUUCCCAGCAAGCUUUAGAAAUCGCUAAUGAUGCAUCUAAUCAGCCCCCUUUCUCUUCCCUCACUGCACACCUUGUCAUGUUUUUGCUUUCAAAGGCCAAUACCAAGAGUAGAGACAUCUUGAAAGCCUCCCCACAUGUGGCAGAGUCUCCUUCUGCACCGUAUGUUCACACUCCCCUGGGUGACACCACUGUGACAACAGCCUGGUUUGGUGAUACCGACGCUGCCGGCAAUUUGUCAUCAGCUUCAAGGCAAAUGGCAGAAAGAAAGCCAGCACUGCAGCCAGAGGAGGCAGAUGCCAGGGGCGAGGAGGAAGAGGCAGGUGGGAACACCCUGCCAUGGGUGACCAGAGCAGCUCCUGAAUCUGCUGUUCCUGGGAAGGGGGAAGAGCCUGGCAGAGGAACCCGACUCCUUGCAGCCCAACUCGGCAUCCUCCUGGUCUGCACCGCCGCUCUGGGCCUGGCGCUGGCAGCUGCUGUGCGCUGUGUCUGUGCCCAGCACUGCCACAAGCGGACGGAGGUCUCCUUCAGUGAGCCUGACCCUAACAUCAUCGCCGUCAGAGAAAACGGGGAGGUGAUCCACUUCCGAAAGAUCCGGGAGAAUGGCUUCGUGCUGGUGCAAGCCGAGUACAACUGGGUCAGCCCCUCAAGCAGUGGGAAGAAGACAAUCACCUGAACAUCUGCAGGGUUGGAUGCAGCGCUACAGCGGCCGGUGCAGGUGGAAAUAGCCCAGAUGGCACAGCACAGGUUCUAGGAAGCGGUGGUGUAGUUCCUCUAUGUUCUGCCAUAUAGGUAAACAAACUUGAAGCAGGCAGUUCAGACAGAGGUGUUAGUCAAAAGUAUCUAAACUACAGCCGCUGAGAAAAUAUAAGUUGAUAGACUUUUCAGCUUGUUACACUUACUGCAAUUAAUAUUGUAUUUCUGCUCAUUAGCUGUCACUGCAGCCAUGACAUACGCUUCCUCUGUUGCCUUAAGGGUGUAGCCAAAAAUAGAAAUUCUUCCUCUGCGCUGUAGUAUUGUCUCCUGUUUAAUUUCAGUAAAAGUUUCUAUUGUUGUAUUUCUUUUCAGGAACUAUAAACCCCUGAUAUAAACCCAACCAUUCUCAUUUAGGAGCUUGCUGGUUUGAU